AUGGCAGAAGGUGGCCUUUUUUUUUUUUUUCUGAUUUAGGGAGUGAUAGAAAGGGCGGAAGGUUUAAAGGCAGAACUCUCAUAGUACACAGGGGGUGUUUUGUCUUUUUUUCUGGCAUAUCUGUGCAUGAGGCUGGCGACGAUGCUUGCGGUUUUGAGGGCGGAUUUUGAUAUCGGGUGAGGAGGGAGGUGUGGUAUUUAGAGCAUAUACAUAUAAGCCAUUAGUUGCGAAUGAGAGAUGCAAUAUACGAUGUCUAUAUGAACUAAAAAUAUUGCAUCAAUUUCUAAUGUUCUUAAUGGGAAGAAGCCUGGUCCCAAUACCCUUAUGAAGACUGCAAGUCCAGAUGAUUUCCUAGGCGGUGUAGUGCAUCUACCGAAUCGACCCGCUAAAGACGCUAAUGACGCAUACAAGCAUCAAUUCUUCAACCUGGUCACGCUAUCGAGAGUGUCACCCAUCUCCUCACAUCUCUCUAUUCCUUAUUCUGCUUACAAAACUGGUAAUAUCGUUGAGGUUUCUGGUUAGGCGUUUUUUUUUUCUUUCACCAUUUUCCAGAAGGAAUAAAGGCUUGGGUCCGAGUGUGAGUCACUGUGUCUUGCAAUAUAUUUCUGCCUGCGCCACUGUAUCACGUUUAGUAAGUUUUAGCGGAUGAAUCAUCCAUCGCGUGAAGGCUCUGUAUCAUAUGGAGACGACAGACAAUUAGGACUUGAGCUGAUGAGAAAAGGAACUGCGUUAAAGAUGAAUAGAUAAAGGACUCUAGGAAUCGUUUUUUUCUUGACUCUUCUUGUUGCUUUUAUUUGCAUUUACAAAGACGCAUAAACACUCUAUGAAUUCGACUUUGGAGUAAUCAUAAUGAACAUGGCAUCGCUGGGAAGUCUUCCCGGCGAUCUCAUCCUCGACAUCGCCCAGCAUCUUGAUACGGCUCGAGAUGUGGCCCAUCUGGGAGCCGUGUCGAAGCACGCCCACACCGUCAUGAACCAGAGCGGAUGGCGCAGCUUCGUGAGAGCCAAGUUCCCGUCCAUCAAUGUUGCGCCAGGAGCCUUGACAGGGUGGAAUGCCGUGGCAGACCGCUUGACGUAUCUGGACCGGUGCUGGGAUAGCCGUGGCUUUUCUUUGACCGUUUACGGGGAAAAGGCACCGGCACGGCCCAAGAGGAGGGAGUUUGCGAGGAGCAGGCAGUCGGUCAACUUCCACUCCGUCAUGGAUGCUACGACGCUCUCGUCAACGCAGGAGGAGAUGCUGGUGUACGGCGCGGGGGAAAACUUGGUGUUUCGACGCAAGGAGGACGUGGGCGCGAGAGGCAAAGACAGCUGGAGCAAGUUGGCGGGUCGUGAAGCUGGCUUUGCGGCUGGGACGGGCGAUGUGACAGCGAUAAGCAUUAUCCAGCGCCAACAAUUCCCCGAGGUGGUUGUUGGGAGAGCCACAGGGGAUCUUCAGCUUUUAUCUGCCAAAGACGAGACUUUAUCGGAUGCGUCUCAAAAGUUUGCGCCUGCGUACGACGUAAAUGACACGUCCAAAACGCCAUUGACGCGGAGAUCUCCCGGCCAAAGAGCGGUGUCGUGGACGGAAUGGCAGCCCAGCGGUCAACUUCUGGCGAGCUGCAGAAGCUCAGACUUGACGCUGUACAAUCUUUCUGAUACUGAAGAGGCGGCGCUCAAACCUAUACUCUUCUACGACGUGUCCAAAGACAGCGCUGCAGAUGAGAUUUCGCUCUUGCGCAGCGUCAAGUUCAUGAGCCAGGAUGUGGUAGCUUGUGGACUCGGUGGCUGCAGUGAUCCCCUGAGAUG